UUUAUCAGACUCCAAGAAAGACCUUGCCUUUGCCACCUUGAGAUCGAUUGCUUUAAAUUAUAUCGCAAGUCGUGAUCCUAACCCACCUAAAGCCUUCUUGCAAGCCAUUAACAACCUCAAAUGCCGGGAGGACAUAAUCAUCACCAAACCUGACAAAGGGUCGGGCAUUGUAGUAAUGGAUAAGACUGAUUACCUGCGACUAUUUUGCGACGCUUCUAUUCGUGAUUCCACCAAGUUUAUUGAAUGCAGCAACGAACGUCCAAAAACCUGUGGAAGACCACCCAAGCACUAUCAUCCUCUGCUAAAAAAGGAGAAUGAACUUUACACCAAGGUACACAACAUCCUGGCAAAAUCAAUUGCUGAUUCUCUCUGCCCUAAAGGGUCAAGACUUGCCCAUUUGUAUGGAUUACCCAAGACUCACAAGCCUGAACUGUCCAUGAGACCAAUUUUCUCGGCGACUAACACAUACAAUUACCCACUUGCAAAAUGACUGGAAGAGAAAUUAAAGCCUCUGUCAACCAAUGCUUACAUGAUCAGUGAUAUCUUUCAAUUCUCCGAAGAUAUUAGAAACAUCCCUGUUGAUGCUGACCACAUACUCCUAUCAUACAACGUGCCAGCUCUGUUUACCAAUGUUCCUGCUCACGAAACCAUCAGAAUACUUGCCGAAAAAGCUUUUGCUGGAAACUGGUUUAAUAACACCUACAAUCUAAACCUCACCAAAUACCAACUUAUGGAAUUGCUCAAGCUUGCAACUACAAACCAACUCUUUCAACUUGAUGGUACACUUUACGAACAAGUGGAGGGCAUUGCCAUGGGCUCUCCACUUGGGCCACUAUUAGCCAACACCUUCAUGUGCUCCAUAGAAGAAAAAUUAGAAGAGAAAAACCAGCUCCCUUCUUUCUACAAACGGUAUGUGGAUGAUGCUUUCACAAUCAUGCCAGAUCUCAACAAAGCCAAUGAUCUCCUCGAUAAACUGAACUCUUGCCACGAGAACUUGAACUUUACUAUGGCCAAGCAGGAUAGUAUUCCCUUUGUUGGCAUGAACAUUACUAAAUGUGGAAACAGACUUGAAACAUCAGUACACAGAAAGUCCACAAACACGGGCCUGCUCCUUCACUAUCACAGCCAUGUGAACAAACAUUACGAAGGGUGUUUACUUUCCACAAUGAUAAACCGCGCUUAUCACCUGUCAUCGACUCCUACUGUGUUUUCUGAGGAAUGCGGCAAGCUUCGAACUACCUUUCUAAACCUGGAUUAUCCUGUAAAUUUGAUCAAUACUUCGAUUAACAAAUUUCUAUACAAUAUUGACAAUAUUACUGUGCUUGAUGCAAGUGAUGGCACCUCUAAUAUCGUGGUACCACUACCAUUUAAAGAUCAACAAUCAGCCAACUCAGUAAAAAGAGAAAUGCAAAAUCUGAGCGCAAAAAUUGGAGUACAAAUAAAGCCUGUCUUUCAGUCAAAAAAGAUCAGUCAAGUCCUCGCCCCAAAAGAGAAGAAGCCGCUAACUGUCAACAAUCAGUGGUCUACAAAUUUCAAUGUGAUCUGUGUGACACAGAUUAUGUCGGGUACACAACCCAACAUUUGCACCAACGCAUUGGCGAGCAUAAACAUUCUGCAAUUGGAAGACACUUGGAAGACCAUUGCCUAUCGAAGUCUGAUUUGA